AUGGAGCUAGAAGUCGCCGGUGCUACCGAAUCACUUGUCACAGAUCCAUCAAACGCGGUGGCGGUGCCACAAUCUCUGUUAGUAAUAAGAAAAUUAGCUUCCUGCAACACCGGGGCGAGGACAAAAGCUCUCCGAGAACUCACCAAUUGGCUUCCGACACAGCUCGAAAUCUCCGAUGAGGAAAUGAAAAAGCUCUGGAAAGGGCUUUUCUACUGCAUCUGGCACGCCGAUAAAGCUCCCGUACAAUCAAAUCUCAUUAACAGGCUCUCGUCCAUGCUUCUAACCCUGGACGUCCCGCUCUCACUCCAUUACCUCUCCGUUUUCCUCACAACGCUCCGUCGUGAAUGGUCGGGAAUCGAUGUCCUCAGGUUAGAUAAGUUCUACCUUCUUAUUCGCAGAUUCGUAAAUUGCAGUUUUCAGUUCCUUAAAAAGAAUUCAUGGGACUUGGAACUGACUUUAAGAGUGAUGACUAUUUACCAAGAGAAGUCCUUGUUAGCUAACGAGAAGAAAUUUUUGGGAAAUGGCGUUAACUAUCACAUCGUUUCGGUUUUUCUCGAUGAAAUCAAAGGUUAUUUGCCUCUAAGUAUCGAAACAUAUGAGAUUCUGCUUAAACCCUUGUUCAAUGUCAUGAUUAAUUCUCAAGACAAGGUGUUGCUGGGUAAGAUUAGGAAUACUGUUUUCGAGCCUUUGUUGUGUAUGGGGAAGAGUCUUCUCGAGAAGAUGAAGAAUCACGAAACUGAGAUUGACACCGAGGUUAUGAAUUUGGGUACAAUAGCUCUAAAGAUGGGGUUUUCAGCUAAGUUCUAUGAAUUCGGAUCCUCUAGUGACUGUUUUCAAGGAAACAGGAAGGUUUUGUUUGGUUUACAGAAGGAGUUCCUCAAACUAGAGAAGGACAUGGAAGUUUCUGGUAUUAAAGUUCCACUUCCUGCUCUCCAAGUUGAUAAUGCAGAUGAAGAAGUUCCUGAUUUAGUCCCCAUUAUCACCAAUGGCAAACAGAAGCUAUUGAAAGUGUCUGAAACUGUUGCAGAAGGAUCUAAAAAGUCUUCAAAGAAAAAGAAGAAGAAGAAGACGACUCCUGAGGAGGGUUCAAAAGAAAACAACAAUGACAAUGUGAUUGUUCCCAAUGGGGAAGAUGUAAAUGUAAGCAAUGGAAUAACCAGUAAUGGGAAUGAUAUUACUUUCGGAGAUAUCUUCAAAGCAAAUCUUCAAAAGGAAUUUGAAAAGGUAGCUGAAGAAGAAGGCUUAGAUAAAGAUGGUGAAUCAAGUCUACUACAUGACACAUCACCAAUCACAAUCACAAACACUAAAGCUCCCAAAAAGAGAAAAAGAAUGAAGAAUGGUGAUGCAAAGGAGUCUCAAAAUCCUGAAACUAGUGAACAAAAUACAAAUACUGCAAUGAAGAGUGGUGAUAAAAGUGCAAAAAGGGUAAGAUUUUCAAUCAAGAACAAUUUGGUAUGGAAGCCACAGAGUCCAUUGCCACCUCAAAGCCUUAGAAUCCCGCCAUCUGUGACGCCACGUGGCAGUGCUUUAAAGAAAGGGGUGCCACCUGGACCAAUCAGAGAGAUGCCUUCUGUAGGUAAAAAGAUGAAGAAGAAGAAAGUUAGAAAAGUGAUGAAGACCACAUCCCCUGCUGUCAAACGAUUGAGGAAGCUGCAGACUCUUACUCCUUGA